CCUCAAGUUCCCAAACCCUACUUUUUUAUUCUUCCUCCUCUAGUCAAUUCUUAAAUUGCCUUUUUAAUCUCCCCUCCAUUUAAUCAAAAUUCUCUUCUUCUGAUUCUUCUUCUUCUGAUUCUUCUUCUUCAUCUGGGUUCACAAUAUAUUAUUAUAUAGUUAAUUAGAAAUAUCUCAAUUUUGGAGAUAUAUGAAUUAUAUUAUAUAGAGAUCAGAGGGUUUAAUUUUGGGUAUUCUAUAUGUAAAUUAAAUGGCAUCGUCGGAGAUGAUGAUGAUGAUGAAUGGGAGCUGCAAAAAGGGAAGUGGGGCAGCGCCGUGCGCUGCGUGCAAGCUUCUCCGGCGGCGGUGUGCUCAGGACUGCGUUUUUGCUCCUUAUUUCCCUGCCGAUCAACCCCACAAAUUCUCCAGUGUUCACAAGGUCUUUGGAGCUAGUAAUGUCAGCAAAUUGUUACAGGAAUUGCCAGAACAUCAGCGGAGCGACGCCGUGAGUUCGAUGGUAUACGAGGCAAACGCGAGAAUUCGAGAUCCGGUAUAUGGGUGCGUGGGAACGAUAUCGUGUCUACAACGACAAGUAGAUGCACUACAACAGCAACUAGCAAUGACACAGGCCCAGUUGGUUCAAUUGAAAAUGGGCCAAUUUACAUCAACAUCACAAUCAUCAUCUAGUACAGAUGACCUCCUUCCUUCUCCGCCCAAUAUCAAUAUGGGCGCAUCCCCAUCCUUGUGGUCUUGCUAGCUUUCUCUUGUUUUGGCCCAUUUUUCAUUAUGACUCUUACUUUUUCUUAUAACUAUUUUAGGAAAAAAAAAAUAUAUCUUUUUAUCCCUAAAUUUUAUAUUUUUAACAACAUACUUGAGGAUAGAGGGAUCAAUAGGUGCACUCAGACAUCUCAAUUAGGUUGACACAUCUUUAACACCCCUCAUCAAUAUCCCUAAAUUUUAUAAAUAUAGUUUCAUUUAGUUACUAAGCUUCAAAAUGACACUCUUUUAACUUUGGUC